ACCAGCAAAGCCAUGGCUACUGCACCAUCUCCCACUGGUUCUACCACCACAAUGGGCACUUACUCUUCUCUGAUUAUCUCCACCAAUUCCUACUCCGCGUUCCUCCCAAACAAAUCCCAACUUUCCUUCUCUGGAAAAAGAAAGCACUACAUUUCCCGUAGAUCAUCAAUCUCGUGCAAAGCCACAAACCCUAAUAAUAAUGAGAAACAGAACCAACCAGAGCAAUCAUCUAAUUUGUUGGGAAAGUUGGACAGGAGAAAUGUCCUAAUUGGCCUCGGCGGCCUCUACGGCGCCACCACCCUUGCCCAGAAACCAUUGGCCUUCGCCACCCCGCUGGCCCCACCUGACCUAACCAAGUGCACACUGGCCGAAAUCACCACCGGAGGUGAAACUGUGGCAUGCUGUCCACCGGUCUCCACAAAGAUCAAAACCUUCACUCUGGACCAGUCUAUCCCACUGCGGACGAGGCCUGCCGCCCAUCUGGUCACGGACGAGUACUUGGCCAAGUUCAAGAAAGCUCAAGCCCUCAUGCGUGCCUUACCCGAAGACGACCCGCGUAGCAUGGUUCAACAAGCCAAAGUUCACUGUGCUUACUGCAAUGGUGCUUAUCCACAAGUAGGGUUUCCGGACAUUGACAUCCAAGUCCAUUUCUCCUGGCUUUUCUUUCCCUUCCACCGCAUGUACUUGUAUUUCUACGAGAGAAUCCUUGGCAAGCUCAUUGAUGACCCAACUUUUGCUCUCCCAUACUGGAAUUGGGACUCUCCCGAUGGCUUUCCAAUUCCCGACAUUUAUACUGACACCACCUCCCCACUUUACGAUCAGUACCGUCACGCCGGACACCAGCCCCCUGUGCUGGUGGACCUCAGCUACGGUGGAACCGAUGAUGACGUGGACGACCAGACAAGAAUAGAUGAGAAUCUAGCCAUCAUGUACCGGCAAAUGGUUUCCGGUGCCAAAACACCGGAUCUAUUUUUCGGCCACGAAUACAGGGCAGGGGAAACAACGACAGGGAAAUACGCUGGCACCAUUGAGAACAAUCCUCACAAUAACAUCCAUCUUUGGUGCGGUGACCCGAACCAGCCCAACAAGGAGGACAUGGGCAACUUCUACUCAGCCGGUCGGGAUCCUCUGUUUUACGCCCACCAUUGCAACGUGGACCGCAUGUGGAACAUUUGGAAAACCCUCGGAGGCAAGCGCAAGGACCCUACCGACACCGAUUGGCUCGAUGCUGAGUUUCUGUUCUACGACGAAAACGCCGAGCUUGUGAGCUGUAAGGUUCGGGACAGCAUCCAUCCUGCGAAAGAUCUUCGCUAUACUUACGAGCCUGUUAGUGUUCCGUGGCUGUUCUCGAAGCCAACAGCUCGUAAGCCGAGGAACAAAACCAAAGCCAAGGUGUCGGCUACUCAGCUGACAACCAAGUUCCCUGCAACGUUUGACUCGAAGACGACAGUGGAGGUAGCGAGGCCAAAGCCGAGGAAGAGGACCAAGAAGGAGAAGAGCAACGAGGAGGAGGUGCUGAUCAUCAAGGAUAUUGAGUUUGAAAGCAACGAGGCUGUGAAGUUCGAUGUGUUUAUUAAUGACGAUGCUGAGUCGCUGAGUCGAAAGGACAAGUCAGAAUUUGCCGGUAGUUUUGUGCACGUGCCGCAUAACCAGAAGACUGGUACGAAGACGAAGACGAAUCUGAAACUGGGGAUCACGGACUUAUUGGAGGAUUUGGGUGUGGAGGAUGAUAGCAGUGUGCUGGUGACGUUGGUACCUAGGGUUUCCAACUCGCCAAUCACCGUUGGUGGGUUUAAGAUCGAGUAUUCUUCUUGAUCGUUAAGUAUCCCGGCACCUGAUUAAUUAAUUAAAUAAUGUCGGUAUGUUAAUGUGUUUCCAGAAUCAUGGCCUACGUUCAUGCAUGCAUGCAUGCGUUGUCCUUGUGUUAUUUAAUGUGAUGUGUACCAGUGAUUUGGAUCGGAAGCCAUGCAAUUGUAUUUCCUGGCUUUUCCAAACACGUCGUACAAGUUUGUUUAAUUAAUAUUCCACUGUACUUACUUGUAUGUGGAAUUCGUACGUAAUUGUAUUUGGUUCAUCAAUAAAAUUUAAGGUCAAUGUGUUGGAAUAUGUUUA